AUGGCCGAAGUCGAAGCCCCUGCCUCCCUCGAGAUCAACGAUGCGCUGUUCUGCCAGCACUUCAAGGAGGUUUGCACGGACUGUGGCGUUGACACCAGGGAGGAGAACGACGCUUUCUUCGGGUUUGACCCUAUAGACCGUGAAGGUCUCGAGGCCCCUGCUGCCACCGUCACCAAGGACGGAACGUACCAAUGCAAGAAGCAUGGAUCUCCUUGUGCUUACAGGUCUAAAAUGCUUCGUCAUUCAGCGUGCAACCAGUGUUACGGAUGGAAGAAGCAGAUCACCAGGGCUAGGACCGCGGCAAAGAAGGCUGGCAAGAAAGCCUAA